AUGGCCUCGCUGCGAGGUCCCUUCUUCCUCUUCGCGCUGAUCAUGGCGACCUCGAUCGCGAACCCUUCAUGGGCUCCCCCGCGGGGCCUACUCGAUAGCCUUCCCCGGCAGCUGCUGGAGUCGGCGCGGAGCCCGGAGUUCUUCGAAUGGAUGAAGGGAGUGAGGAGGAGGAUCCACCAGCACCCGGAGCUGGCCUUUGAGGAGCACAUGACCGGCGAGCUCAUCAGGAGGGAGCUCGAAGGCCUCGGUAUCGACUACUCGUGGCCGGUGGCCAGGACCGGGGUCGUCGCCACCAUCGGGCCCGGCGACGGGCCGGAGUUCGCCCUCAGGGCUGACAUGGACGCUCUCCCUCUGGAGGUGAUGACUCCCCUCGCCUCUCCGUUUUGCUCCACUGGUUGUGGUCGAAUUCGACGGGGGUUUCUUCUGUAGUCCGUGCGACGAUCUUCGCCGGCGAGCUUCGAAUAGGGUCGAGCCCAGAGGUUCCAUUUGGGAAUUCUCGAGCAGCCGGUUGGGGGAAAUGCGAUUUAUGAUCUUUAAUUUGCCUGCUAUUUUAGGUCUCCGUCGUCGUCUCUCUUUGAUUGACCCCGUCGAGUCCUGUGUUCUUGCCUAUCCGGAGAGAUUACCCUGUUGUUGUAGUUCUUCUCCAAGAUCUUCAAGAAUAGAUUGCCAGAGAACGAGGAGCUAUGUUCUCGCCCAAUUCCUUCUUCUCAUUACACCGACAUUCCACCCCAUUGCACCUCUCUGAAUUCCAUCCUUCCGGUGGUUGAUAAAGGCCCGGCCAUUGUUAAGACGGCAAAGCCCAUGUUCUAUAGAUUUCUGGUGAAGCGUCUCACUUGUUUAUGCGAAUAGGUUUCAUAAGACGCGGGUCAUUGAGCUUCAUUCAUCACUACCCACCUAUUCCAUUGUGUAAAAUAAUCAGGAUGAUGUAGAUUUCCCCUUCGAAUCAUAACCUGUUGUGGGUUUACUUAUCAUUGCAUCGAUUCAUCAGCGAUCCACUGCUAUGAACUGAUUAAUCGAUAGCUCAAAUGUUCAGGAAAAGGUAGAUUGGGAGCACAAGAGCAGGCAUAGAGGCAAGAUGCAUGCAUGUGGUCAUGACGCGCACAUAACGAUGCUGCUGGGCGCUGCCAGAUUGCUUCAGGACCGAAAGGACGACCUCAAGGUAAAAAUUGGCCAUUCCAGAAAAAGCUUAGCUGAUGAAAAAACUCUCCAACUGUUAUUGUAGAUGGAUUAUUGAUUACUCCAAGAAAGGAAGAUUCUUAAUGAUUCGUUCCCAUUUCUGCCAAAGGGUACUGUGAAACUCAUCUUCCAGCCCGCGGAAGAGGGAUUUGCCGGCGCAUACCAUGUUCUAAAGGAAGGCACUUUGGAGAAGACGAGAGCCAUCUUUGGGUUGCAUGUUGAUCCUCGGCUUCCAUCGGGCUCCCUGUCCUCAAAAUCUGGGGUGCUUCUUGCCGCAUCCGCCCGAUUCAUGGCUGUGAUCAGAGGAAAAGGCCGCCUUCUUGGUCAUGAUCCGGUCUUGGCCGCCUCAUUUGCGGUUCUUGGGCUGCAGGCCAUAAUCUCUCGGGAAACUGAUCCGAUCCAAUCUAGUGUAAGCUUCUCCCCCCUGUUCUUGGCAGCUGCUUGGUUGGUCAACCCAUCCCGUCCUUCCAUUUUCGAUCGAAGCGUUGAAACACGCCAUCAACGGAUCUCCUGAUUUGUGGUCUCAGGUGGUCUCUGUUGUGUUCGUAAGAGCUGGGGAUGCCCUGGAUGCAAUCCCUGAGUCUGUAACUUUGGGGGGCACCUUCCGGAGUUUGACUAAUGAAGGGCUCGCCUUCCUCUCAAGAAGGAUUAAAGAGGUAAGAAGUCUGACCUAAUGCCCUUCCUCUGGUUUGACCCACCAAAGCUGAUGAGUCUCUCCCUCCUCCUUCAGGUUAUAGAGGCAUACUCCGCUGCUCACCGGUGCACUUCGGCAGUGAUGUUCAUGGAGGAGGAGAGGAUACCGUACCCACCCACGGUCAACGACCCAGCUAUGUACGAACUUGCCAGGCGGGUGGGGGAGGAACUGGUUGGGAGAAACAAGGUCCACGUGUCAAAGCCCAUGAUGGCGGCGGAAGACUUCGGCUUCUACUCUCAGAGGAUCCCGAGCACCUUAUUCUUGGUCGGCACGAGGAAUCAGACAGUGGGAGCCGUCCAUCAGCUCCACUCCCCCUACUUCUUCUUCGACGAUUGCGUGCUCCCCUUUGGGGCGGCCCUGCAUGCCGCAGUCGCCAUGGCUUACUUGGAUUCUUCGUAG